UCAUCAUGGUUAACUUCUGUGCCUGUACCCAGACAGUCAGGCCCAGGCUUCCGUUCCAUUAAGUGCCUUAUAAGUUAACGCUGUGUGACGAUACGUGAGUGAAAACAAAGUGUUAAGUGAAGGUUACACGAGAGAAACCAAAUUGAGUAAAACGUUCUUAGAUGCUGGCAGGCGUUUGAAAUGGAUCAAAACGUUCUCGCAGGAAACUGAACCUCAAGACACGUCGGAAUCACUUUUCAUUGCCUGAUAAGCAGGUUAGAAGGGCCAAGUCUCUUGACAACACCUGCCAGGAGAUGUCAAGCUCUUAUUCGUCUCAGUGUUGGUCCGUCCAGUCGCGACAAUCUUCCGCCUGUCCCCUGUCAGUGACGUGGUGAGACGAUGCUGUGGACGAUGGACAAGACGGUGGUGGUGCUGCGGUGGGGGAUGGUCAGUGCUGCGGCGUCUGCUGUCCUUAACGCUGUCGCCGGCUGCUGUUGCUGCUGGGGGCUCUUCCUCUCCCUGUGGGCGCUAUCCUCGACCGCCUAUGCCAUCUCCGCCGCCCUCCAGGUCCCUACGGAAGGUCGGGCCGUUCUAGUGACGGGUUGUGACUCUGGCUUCGGCUUGGCUCUGGCUCUCCACCUUCACAAGUUGGGCUUGCGGGUGUUCGCGGGCUGUCUGCAGGAUGACGGCGAAGGCGCGAAGGAGCUCCGGAAGGAGAGGUCGGAGCGUCUUCACGUCCUGCAGCUGGACGUGACCUCGGAGAAGCAGGUCAGCCGUGCCGUGAAGGAGGUCAAGAAGCUCCUGCCUGAAGGAGAGGUGCUGUGGGGUCUGGUAAACAACGCUGGCUGGGCCACCUACGGGGAGGUGGAGUGGGUGCCCUUGGACACCGUCAGGCGCAUAGUGGACAUCAACACUGUGGGCGUGCUGGCCGUCACCAAGGCUUUCCUGCCGCUGAUUAGGAGAGCCAAAGGUCGAGUGGUGACGAUCUCCAGUGGCCUCGGGAGGAUGGCGGCGCCCAUGAGGUCA